AUGAGACAUGCUGUCGUCUUGAAUGCGACCAAGCUAAUACCAUUGCAAAGGAGCAUCCACUCUUCGACAAAACACAGCUCUAUUCUCGAGCCCCGGUUAGAAGAUCAUGGCAAGGUCAUUCGCGACGAAUACUCGGUGAUCCGCGAUGAUUACGCGGCACCAAAACACCCCGUCGUCCUCGCGCACGGUCUGCUCGGAUUUGAUGAAUUACGACUCGCCGGCCCAUAUCUUCCCGGUGUCCAGUACUGGCGCGGGAUCAAGGAGGCGCUAUCCGCGCGAGGAAUUGAGGUGAUUACGGCCACAGUGCCCCCAUCCGCAUCAAUUGAGGCGCGCGCAGAAAAACUUGCCCGACUUAUUGAGAUGGACGCCCGCGGAAAGGACGUCAAUGUCAUUGCACAUAGCAUGUCGUCUCCAGCCCCAGAAAUUCAAAGUACUGUCGCUGACUACGAUUGCGACUCCGCAUCGAGGUCUGUCAUUGUUGUCCGCUCUCCCCCGACAUCUCUAAUUAUGCGGACAGGCUCGGCCGUGGCGGAUUAUGUGUUGGAAACGAUAGGAGCCGAUCGCCUACCGCAGAUCUACUAUGCACUUGACCGUCUAAAAGUUGAGACUGGUGCCUUUGAACAGCUAACCCGGAAGUACAUGGGGGAGACCUUUAACCCGAACACGCCUGAUAUGGACGAUGUCCGCUAUUUCUCGUAUGGUGCCGCAGUAAAACCGAGUAUCUGGUCCGUCUUCCGGCUAUCCCAUCGCAUCCUAGCUGAAGCCGAAGGCCCCAAUGACGGCCUGGUCAGCGUCGCCAGCAGUCGCUGGGGAGGCGAGCUAGGGUACAAGGGAACGCUGGUGGGGGUCAGCCACCUCGACUUGAUCAAUUGGACCAACCGGCUCAAGUGGCUCGCUGGGGAAGUGACAGGUAAGCGACAACAGUUCAACGCGAUCGCAUUCUACCUGGACAUCGCAGACAUGCUGGCUAAGGCCGGCUUAACCGGGAAAUCCGAAGACCUGCGACAGGGAGAGCGCACGCACCCUGAGCCUCGGGCGCUCGCCGCCAUGUCCGCCACCAUCGUGCUGGCCAGCCAGCAGCAGAAGCACUACACCAAUCUCGACUACAUUUCUGGCAAAGUCAUUCUCAACCUCCCCACCGAAACAGCGAUCGGAGGUAUCCAGGUCAAGUUGGAGGGCGAGAGUCGCACACGUCUCUCCGGGCCCCGGAAUCCCAACAAUGUGCAUUCCGAAAAGAAGCGAACAGAGCUAGAGGUUCACAAGAUCCUCUACAAGGUCGCGACCGUCUUCCCCACGCCGGCGGUCAUGCAGACGGGUUCGCUGGCAACCUCCUACACUUUUGCGCCGGGCUCCUACGAAUAUCCGUUCCAGUUCAAGUUCCCCUUCAACAAUGCCUGCAGUACCCACAACAGCAUGCUCACCAAUCUCAACCUCAACUUGGCCGGGCUGAGGGUGGAGAUGGCUCGCGAUACGAACCGUCAUGUCAAGAAGACUCUUCCCCCGUCAUUAAGCGGGUUUCCCGGCAUGGCAGAUAUCAAAUACUAUGUGAAAGUUACGAUCAUCCGGCCGCAGUUCUACAGUAAAAAUAUCAGAGCGACCGUGGGCCUCAAUUUUCUCCCAAUUGAACCACCGCGAACCGGGAAUCCCAACGAAGAGACCUACGCUAGGCGGCAACAUCAAUUUUCAAAGGUCCAGGGAGGCCAGAAGAAGAGUCUCUUCUCACGCGCAUCUUCUCGGGACGCAGAGCCUCCUCGCGUGGCUGUGGAUGCACGACUUCCAAACCCUCCCAUUCUCACUUGCAACGAACCAGUCCCGCUCCGGCUCCUUGUUAGGAAGGUCACCGAAACUUCGGAAACCAUAUACCUCCAGAUGCUGCAAGUGGAACUAGUUGCCUACACCAAGAUUCUGGCGCACGACCUCAGCCGCACUGAAACUGGCUCCUGGGUCAUUAUGAGCCGCAGCAACAUGAAUAUUCCCUUAGGUAAACCCGAUGAGCCGGUAGGCACCGAGUUGCCUCUUGAUGCGAGUUUAUGGAAUCGCUGGCCUCUACCAAACACGGUAGCUCCGUCUUUUGAGACAUGUAAUAUCGAGAGAAACUAUGAGUUGGAGGUCCGGGUAGGCCUGACGCAUGGCAGUCCUGGGAGCAUGAAGCCUCAGCUCAUUGUUCUUCCUUUGCGAAUGCCGGUCAAGGUCUAUUCCGGAAUCGCUCCUCCGCAAGCCCUGUUGGACGCCCUAGCCGCCGCAUCUUUACAACCUUCGCCCCCAAACACCCAACCCAGCUUGCCAGCAAACGCAGGCCAGUCUCGGCCCCUUAUGCCCCCACGACCGGCGACAUUACCAGCACCCGUGAGCGUCGGAGACAUCUACGACGAAGCACCCCCUAGCUACGAGGAUGCGAUGGCAGAUAAUAUAGGCCCAGUGGAUGGCCCCCGCCGCGAGUAUCACCCACCAGACGUCUCCUCUACCACUUCGGGGAGCACCAUGGAAUCUGGAGCUGAUGCCAAGUCGCCAGUCGGUGAGGAUGGUCCUGCGGCAGCGGGGACUUCAGGAUCCGCAGCCUACCGCGAGCACCGCUCCUCCUCUGAAUCCUUUGAUAUGCUGCCUACCACCCCUCCCGAAUCUCCUUCGCCGCCUACCUCCCCCGUCGCACGCUCACGCAGUACUGUGAAAGUCCCCCGGAAUAACCCCGACGAUGACGAGAGUCCACCGCAGUAUCAACCUGUUGCGGAUGAUCAAUUGCAAGCACCGGCUGCGGUGGAGCGCAGACCAUCGAGGCCUAAUCUGGGCGUUCCGAGCCGGAAGCCUGUUCCACGUACUUCUGGCCGGAAGUGA